CUCCUCAGCGACUAUAAAAGCCUCAGGAUGCUGACAGCACUGACAGAUGAUGCUGCUGCAUCACAGUGCACUUCAGCCUGAACGCUCCUAUAGUAUAGGCUGACACGGAUUAUCAGCUUUCAUGCAAACUUUUUUUUCCCACCUGUAAUAUGCGUGCAAGUUUAGAAAUCACUCGGAUGAAACAUGCAACUCUGAGGCUUUGAACGCAGGACGAGGACGAUGGGGAUUUACGCAUCCACACCUGCACAACAACACUCUGGAAGUUAGCCGACUGAAAGAGAGGAGGGGAAACCUGCAGGAAACUUGUUUUUUUUUUUAAAAAAGAAGCCUUUUUUACCUGUGCAGAGUCAUGCAGAUCAACAGCAGCUCCUCCGGACCCCUGGCUGUCUGCGGAGGAGAAGAGGAUGAACGAGAACUCUCCAAACUUGUGAGCCCCGGUGGAGCAGCCUCUAAUGUGGCAGCUCUGAACCUCUCUCUGAACUGCUGGCUGCACAUCCUCUCCAAGGAGUCCUCUCUGGACCUGCACGCAGACACCGCCAACCUGGCAAUACGAGUCGUCAUCGCCCUGGUCUACCUGGUGGUGUGUGUUCUGGGGCUUGUGGGUAACCUCCUGGCACUCUUCCUGCUCCGCUCCCGCCGCCGGGGCCACCAUCACUCUUCCAUCGACUGCUUCGUGAUGAGCCUGGCGCUGACGGACCUCCAGUUUGUCCUCACCUUGCCCUUCUGGGCCGUGGACACGGUGCUGGACUUCCGCUGGCCCUUCGGCUGGGUUAUGUGCAAAAUCGUGAGCUCGGUCACCACCAUGAACAUGUACGCCAGCGUCUUCUUCCUCACCGCCAUGAGCGUGACCCGCUACCACUCCCUGGUUACCUCUCUGAAGAUGGGCAGCCCUAGGAUCGCCACUACUCGUGCCAAAUGGGCCAGUUUAACCAUUUGGGUGGUGUCGCUUGUGGCUACGCUGCCUCAUGCGUUCUACUCCACCACAGUCCAGGUGUCUACAGAUGACGAGCUGUGCUUAGUGCGGUUCUCCGACUCCGAUUCAGGCCACUGGGAUCCUCAAGUCCUGCUUGGACUCUAUCAAACCCAGAAAGUCCUCCUGGGGUUCAUAGUUCCCUUGAUUAUCAUCACCGUGUGCUACCUCCUCCUCCUGAGGUUCAUCCUGAGCCGGCGUGUCGUAGGCAGCGCGGUCGGCGGGAAUGUCACAGAGAGGUCAGAGUGCGAGAGAGGACGCCACCGCCGCCGCUCCAAAGUCACCCGCUCUGUCACCAUCGUAGUUCUGUCCUUCUUCAUCUGCUGGCUGCCCAACCAGGCUCUCACCCUGUGGGGGGUGCUAAUCAAAUUUGACUUGGUGCCCUUCACCAAAGCCUUCUAUAACACGCAGGCUUACGCUUUCCCCCUGACUGUGUGCUUAGCUCACGCCAACAGCUGCCUCAACCCGGUGCUCUACUGCCUGAUCCGAAAAGAGUACCGAGCUGGACUGAAGGAGCUCCUGCUGAGAGUGUCUCACUCCGUCCACCGUGUCCUCACUCUGGCUCUGAGAGGGAGACGAGUGGAGGAAGCGCCACCCAGCCUGGUUAUGAUACACAAAGACAUCAAUAUGUGAUUUUAUUACUCUGUAAAAGGAAAAGUUUGACAUUUUGGUGAAUACAAUAAUUCAAUUUGAAGAUUGACACCACCCUCAUGUUUAGGAUGAACUCCUACUCUGCCUCUGAUUGGCUAGUACUCGUUGCCUUUGUUGGUUGGAUUGGUUAGGUUUAGGCAUGAGGAGUGAGAUUGGUUGGAGUUGGCUUAAUAGUAUUACCAUUAUGGUAAGAAUAUCGGGGUGAGCCAGUCAGAGGCUGAGUAGGGCGGGUCAUGUCUUCACCAUAGCAAGAAAAAAAUGUAUCGCUGCUAGGCAACAGGUUGGUUUUAGAACGGAUUAAACAAACGAGAUAUGUGUUAAAAAGGUUCCAGUUUUGCACUCUGCGGCUCACGUUGCCACAUUUACCAAGCGUGUCGGAAAACUACGGUGGCCUUCAGGUAACGUAAAAAUGCGAAAGGCUCUCUCUAGAGCCAGGCUGUGUCCAAAAUCAUUCACUCAUUCACUAUUUCCUACUCACUAUCCAGGGAGUUCUAUGUAGAGGACUUUAUAGUGAGCUCAUCGGCAGAAUGAAAAAACACUUUCGGACACUACUCGGGUCACUACUCAUUUUCUCGGCGCCGUUAAUUACGUCAUUGCUGUCGCACAAUUAAAACGUAAAACAUUUAUUUUGAAAGGUAAGAAUUAACGGCCGUUGUGAAUUAGUGGGCAAGAAGCGUAUUUUCACAAAUAAAUAAAUAGAAAGUACUUUGUGGCCAUUUCUGUUGUGAUGCUGCUCUGCUCACAUGAAAUACGUUAGUUUGGGCCACAACUCGUGGAUUUGUCUCAAUUGCGCUACUUUCUCGCCUCUCAUCCCAUUUUUAGUGACAAUUUAGUGACCAUCGUUGUCCACUACUUUUCAGGAUGCAUUGUGAGAUAUAAUAAUUCUCGCUAUACAUUCGGACAGCACUACCAAAUGGCGAACUCACUAUAUAGUCCACCAUAGAGUGAGUAGUAAAUGAUUUCAGACACAGCCCCUGUGUUUGGUUUGUCCGUUCUGGGCUACUGUAGAAACAUGGUGGACUCCAUGAAGA